CGCACCCACACCUAUCUUCCGAAAACCUCCUGAACCCCUCUCACAUCUUCUCAUCUCUCGCCUUCUCCAUCCAACUUCUCUCACGCCCUCUCCGUCCAACUUCUCUCCGGGAAACCCCUCUCCGGCGAACCCCUCUCUAAGAGCCUCCCCUCCGAACUCCUCUCCGUCAAGACCGUGGGAAAAAUUUCCUCACCUUAUUCCUUCACCUCUUCGUCAAAUAACAAAUGCCCUAAUUGUCCCAUUUUCAUUCUUAAACCCAGACAAUGUCGUCGUGUUGACCCAGGCGUUGUUCUUCCUUUACCCCGUCAGGUCAACUUUGGCACUAUCGUGAAUGCUUGGCACGGAAGCAUCGCACGGACCCUAUAUCGACCCUUCACGAACUCCAUUACCGAGCAAGCCAGGCAAAGGCCACUACAAAUAGCAUCGCCUCGUUCCUCCUCCUCCUUCAUCGGAUUUCGCUUAUCCUCUCUCUCAUCUCUCUCUUCUGCUGCUUGGCUGAGAGAGAAGCUAUGGGGUACUGGAGGGAAGCCACCGACAUCAAAGGACCUAGCGGAUUUGGAUCCGGCAACACCGCCGAGCAGGUCACAGAGGGCAUCGACGCCUCUCGCCUCACCGUCAUCGUCACCGGUGGAAGUAGUGGGAUCGGAGCAGAGACGGCAAGGGUGUUGGCCCUUAGAGGAGCCCAUGUCAUCAUCGGUGCAAGGAACUUGGAAGCUACUAAUGCCGUGAAGCAGAACAUCCUGAACAGCAUUCCAUCUGCUAGAAUUGACAUCAUCCAGAUUGAGCUCAGGCUGCUCAGCUCACUCAAAUCUGUCCGAGCCUUCACCGAGAAAUUCCUCGCCAUGAAUCUCCCUCUCAACAUCUUGAUAAACAACGCUGGUGUAAUGUACUGCCCAUUCAAGCUCUCAAAGGAUGGAGUAGAGAUGCAGUUUGCGACGAAUCAUCUCAGUCACUUCCUGCUGACAAAUCUUCUACUUGAGAAACUGAAAACCACUGUGGAAAAGACAGGAAUUGAGAGUCGCAUCGUGAAUCUAUCCUCAGUCGCUCACGUUGGGCCUUACAGUGAAGGAAUCAAGUUCGACAAACUCAAUGACAAGAAAGCAUAUAACGAUAUGAUGGAAAAUACAUCACAUGCAUUUCCACCCAUUUCAGUUUAUUUUGUAUAUGAUUCGGUACCUGCGACAGUCUAGCACCCCUUUCUUUCACUUGAUCUGAGAAAAUCUUGUUUAGAAGACAUUACCUACCAUUCACUUAAGUAAUCAUGGACCCUUGCUUCAGGUGAUAACCUUUUACAAUUUAUUGUACAAACAUAGAUGAUCUUUUUAUUUGAUUGGUAAAUGUAAGUGUAUAUAGCAACAAAAGGCGAUACACAAUCCUGGCCCAACACUUGCUUUUGUCAAUGAUGCUGUGCUUUUUCUUGUUUAAGGUUGGUUCCUGCCUCUUUAAUUCUUGUAUCUUACCAACUGUAUAAC